AUGUCUGAGCUAGCUCCUCCGAAUAAGACUCCGCCGAAUCAAAUAGGCAACAGCAAGACAGGGGGCACUAUCCAAACGCCCUCGAAAAAUCAAAAAAAGGAGGAACUGCCACCCGGGGAAUCGGAACCCUCCGAAGUACGCGAUAAGCGCCGUCAGCGGCUGCUGAAAUGCCUCGGCGGCAACAUAAAACAAAACUAUCUGUUCAAUGCCUUUGUUGAAUCUCUGGGUGUAAAGGAGCGGUAUGAACGGUUCAUCAAGGAUUGGCCUGAUCUUUUCCUCGACAUAGCCAGGGGGUCGCCAGUGGUUAGGUCUAAAAAGGUCACCGGGAUCACGAAGGCCAAAGGCGAACAUGUCGAUAUUUUCCGCAAUAGCACAGAUGAGCUAAAGGACUUGAAAUCUGAAGCUCUUUUGGUCGGUUAUCUAAGAGAGCUUAUUUUUGGAAUGAAGGCUGCGGUUGGUGUCGCAAAUGGACGUAUUACGCCAGGUAGAACCCCAAUCCCAGACUGGAGGCUUAUAACGAUGGACCAUCAGAGUGAUGCUAUACGAGGUACUCCGCACAAGCCAGACAUCGCGUUUUACCACAAAUACAAGACACGUGACAUUUAUGCCGUUCAUGCUAUACUCGAGGCCAAGAUAGACGUCCAUCCCGACGAAGCACCAGAGGAUACUCGCGGCCAGCUCGCAGAUUACGGCCAUGUGCUCAAUGAUAAGCAGGCAACCCGCACGUUUGCACCUGUCUUUUACCUCCAUGGGCACAUCCUGACGCUUCACGCAUAUUAUCGUGACAAACUGUACAUCAUCGAGCUUGGCCAGCUAUGCUUUAAUACGGAUAGUUGGUCACCUGAAAUAGCUGAAGAAAUUCAGUCAUGCCUCAUGCAGUUCUGGUUUCUGCUGACGCUUGAGUCGGACAUUUUCGGGCAUUUCUGUGAUGUCUCGGAGGAAUCCGACUCUUUCUUUUUUUCGCAGAAAGUCAAUGUAGAAAGAAAGGGCGAUUCGAAGCUCGAAGUCUUAUACUCGGUUUUCCAGGAUGUCAAUGAUGUCAAGGAUGUCAAGGAUGGCACUGCUCUGUUUUGUAUCGAGGAGACAAUAGCGCAUUAUUCAUACAUGGUUGGGCGCCAUGUCCAUUUAUUCAGGGGGACUUGCAAAGGUCGUGAUGCUGUGCUGAAGCUUUCCUGGACCCCAGUCAAUCGUUUGCCCGAGGGUGCCGCAUACGCCAUCCUCAACAAGAGACCAGUCGAAGGUAUUCCUGAGAUCUUUUCGAAGGGCCUGCUCAUCAGCAACCUCAAUGGAUACCGGCUGGAGUUUGUGCUCAUGGAGUACUGCGGCCAGUCAAUGGCCGAGUACUUGAAAGCCAAGACUGACAAUCAGAAGGCUGAGCUGGUUCCUGGCUUUGUCAAGCAGCUGACCCUGUGUCUUGCCCAGGCAAAUGACACUGGUGUCCUGCACAGGGAUAUCUCGGCAGGGAAUGUGUGCGUCAAAAACGACAAGGUGUAUGUCAUUGACUGGGGCUGUGCCAAGGUCAUUGGCUGGGGCACUGCUGAGGAUGCUGCCAGGGACACUGACCCAACUCAACUUAAACAUAUUGAGGUUGCCGAACAGUGGGGGUUCAAUGCAACAACAGUGGGACAAGUGGAGGUGGCCAAGGACCCAUUUACAGGGACGCCGCUUUUCAUGGGUAUUCCCAUGCUCAGCAGCAGCCCCAUCCGGGGAAUCCUUGAUGACAUGGAGAGUGUUUUCUAUGUCGUUAUGGAUGCAGUGCGCUCAGCCGGCACUAAGAGGGAUGACGUUCAGGGCUUCAAAUUCCUGGACUCUCCAUCCCUCGCCAUCACAAGGUGGGGUUUGAUCCAAGAGGAUGCUGUCUUGCUGAAAGGGUUCAGUGUUGAUGGUGUUAGCGCUAGGCUCAAAAAUCUCAUUUGUGCAAUGCGCCGGUUCCUGUUUGAACCAGGAAACAAGGUUAUAAGCCAUCGGCUCUGGUCAGACAGCACAUUUGUUCGACAGAUUAACUGGGACGCUGCUCCCGAGUAUAUGCACCCCAAGGCGAUUGAGCUCCUCGGAGAGGAUAAUGGCCAGCUUAAGCGACCAGCUGAGGACGAGAUCAAUGCUGGGUCAUUCAAGAAGCUAGCACUUUAG